AUGGCUUCAAGUAGCUCAUCAGCUCCAGCAGCUCCUACCUUCAACGGAUCACUUUAUCAUUUGUGGUCGGUGAAGAUGAAAACUUACCUCAAAUCUCAAGGUCUAUGGAAAGUGGUUGAGACAGAUGAAGAUCCUCCCACUCUCAGGCCAAAUCCAAUAGUAGCUCAGCUCAGAGACUAUGAAGAACAGCUCCUUAGGAAAGAUAAAGCCUUGACUUGCAUCCACUCAAGCUUGGCAGAUCAUAUUUUCACCAGCAUCAUGGACCUGGAAACACCCAAAGCUGUUUGGGAUUACCUCAAAGAGAGCUUUGAAGGCACAGACCGAGUGAAACCUGUGAAGCUCUUGAUGCUCAAUAGAGAAUUUGAGCUGCUCAAGAUGAAGAAUGACGAGCUAGUGAAAGAUUAUUCAUCAAGAAUGAUGGAUCUUGUAAACCAAAUUAGGCUGUAUGGUGAAGCUCUACCUUAUCAGAGAGUGGUGGAGAAGAUUAUGGUCAGCGUACCAAGAAAAUUUGAAGCUAAAAUUUCAGCUAUUGAAGAGUCAUGUGAUUUGCAGAGGCUAACAGUAGAUGAGCUCACUAGCAAAUUAGUAGCUCAAGAACAAAGAAGCUUAAUGAGAGAUGAAGAGACAACUGAAGGUGCUUUCUUUGUUUCUCAUAAAGGAAAGAAGCCAAACAGCAGAAAUAGAAGAGGUACUAGCUACAAAAAUCGAGCUCCAGAAAAUUCGAGCUCAAAACAGGGCAAGCUUCCUCCUUGCUCCAUUUGCAAGAAAACAAACCAUGCUGAAAAAGAUUGUUGGUACAAAGAUGGUGAAAAACCAAAGUAUAAAUGCAGCUCUUGCAACAAGAUUGGCCACACCGAGAAGUUUUGCAGAGCUAAGAAAGCUUAA